UUAUUACUAUUACGAAUCUGUACGGUAAAUAAUGAAGGUAUCUAGAGUCAUAAUUUCCAAAUCUGAAUCCCCCCUACUCAAAAUUAUCCAUGCUUCUAAUUCGCUUACAAUCACUGAAUAGCAGAUAUCUUUUGCUAUUGCAAUCUUUGCUUCCCCAAGGCAGAAGUAAACCGAGUUUCAGUUAAACUGAACCCACUCAAGCUUCCAGGUUCAGUUUGCUUUCUUCCCUCUCUCUUUGAAUUAAUCCACAAGUUUCUCAGCAUGAGAUUGUAGCGCCAAUUUUCAUCUGGUUUCUCUGAGGUCGCCAUUUCCAUGGCAUGCACAGCGGUGCUUCCCUUGGCCUUCGCUGCAUCUACAAAGGUACGCAAAGUCACUUCUGCUUCAUCUUCUUCCACCGAACAACACAAUGAAAUCAAUACGAAUACGACUCAGAAAUUUCAUUACAGCAGAGCUUCUCCUUCUGUGAGAUGGCCCAACCUCAAGUUAACCGAUAGUUUUCAAUUGCCGUCUCAGACCCACUUCACGCUUCCUUCUCCUUUGCAGACCCACGUGGUCGAUGAAUCGGAUGUUUCUGUCAGAACCCAAAAUUCUGAGAUUAAGGAUGGAAAUUGCGAAGGGAAUGAGUUAGAAUCUGUAGGGAUGAUGAGUGAUGAAACCCAAGAGGCUUUAGGGAGGCGUAGCAAGACGAGAGUUAAAAAGAUGAACAAAUUGGCACUCAAGAGAGCGAAAGAUUGGAGGGAGAGAGUGCAAUUUUUGACUGAUAGAAUUUUAGCACUGAAACAGGACGAAUUUGUGGCUGAUGUGUUGGACGAUAGGAAGGUUCAAAUGACACCCACUGAUUUUUGCUUUGUAGUGAAAUGGGUGGGGCGUUCGAACUGGCACCGUGCUUUGGAGGUGUAUGAGUGGUUGAAUUUACGGCACUGGUAUUCACCCAAUGCUCGGAUGCUGGCUACCAUCCUAGCUGUGCUUGGAAAGGCCAAUCAAGAAGCGUUGGCUGUAGAAAUAUUUACCAGGUCAGAGUCUGCCAUUGGAAAUACUGUCCAAGUAUACAAUGCUAUGAUGGGCGUAUAUGCGCGGAAUGGUCGGUUUCUUCAGGUUCAAGGGUUGCUUGAUUUGAUGCGUACAAGAGGGUGUGAGCCUGACCUUGUGAGUUUCAACACUUUGAUAAAUGCCCGUAUGAAGUCAGGACCCAUGACACCAAAUUUAUCCCUUCAGUUUCUAAAUGAGGUUAGGAAAUCGGGUGUUAGGCCCGAUAUAAUAACGUAUAAUACUUUGAUUAGUGCUUGUUCGCGUGAAUCGAAUCUUGAGGAAGCAAUGAAGGUCUAUAAUGAUAUGGAGGCACAUAAUUGUCAACCUGAUUUAUGGACUUACAAUGCUAUGAUUUCAGUUUAUGGGAGAUGUGGGUUAGCAAGCAGAGCUGAGAAGCUCUUCAAGGAAUUAGAGUCCAAAGGGUUCUUUCCAGAUGCAGUGACAUAUAAUUCAUUAUUAUAUGCUUUUGCAAGAGAAGGGAAUGUAGAAAAGGUAAAGGAAAUUUGUGAAGAAAUGGUAAGCAAUGGGUUUGCUAAGGAUGAGAUGACAUAUAAUACAAUUAUCCACAUGUAUGGGAAGCAGGAGCAGCAUGACCUGGCUUUUCAGCUUUACAGGGAUAUGAAAUUGUCGGGCCGGAUUCCUGAUGAAGUUACAUAUACUGUUCUUAUCGAUUCACUUGGAAAAUCAAGUAAAAUAGAAGAAGCUACUAACAUAAUGACCGAGAUGUUGGACUCUGGAGUCAAACCCACUUUAAGGACAUAUAGUGCUUUAAUAUGUGGGUAUGGUAAGGCUGGGAAACCAGUAGAAGCUGAAAAUACAUUUGAUUGCAUGCUUAGGUCUGGGAUUAGACCUGAUUAUUUGGCAUACUCUGUUAUGAUUGAUCUUUUUCUUAGGUUCAAUGAGACAAAGAAGGCAAUGCUGUUGUACAAAGAAAUGGUAUGUGAUGGUCUAACACCAGAUGGUGUCCUAUACGAAGUCAUGCUUCGGAAUCUUGUGAAAGAAAACAGAUUGGAUGACAUUAACAAAGCUAUCAGAGAUAUGCAAGAUAAAUGUGGUUUGAAUCCUCAAGUUAUUUCUUCGAUCCUUAUAAAGGGGGAAUGCUUUGACCAUGCUGCUAAAAUGUUGAGAAUGGCCAUUGACACAGGCUAUGACCUAAACCAUGAGAACUUAUUAUCUAUUUUGAGUACAUAUAGCUUGUCUGGUAGGCACUUGGAAGCUUGUGAAUUACUAGAAUUUUUUAGAGAAAGGACUUCUAAUUCCGAUCACCUGGUAGCUGAAUCACUAAUUGUUUUACUUUGUAAGGCUGGUAAAAUAGAUGCUGCUCUAAUGGAGUAUGGUAAUACAACUAAAGGGUUUGGUUCAUAUGGCACAAGUUCCAUAAUGUAUGAAUGUUUGAUUCAAGGAUGCCAGGAAAAGGAACUCUUUGACACAGCAUCUCAAAUUUUUUCUGACAUGAUAUUCUAUGGUGUCAAAACUUCGAAAAACCUGUACCAAGUCAUGAUGCUUAUGCACUGUAAAACAGGCUAUCCUGAAAUAGCCCAUUAUUUGCUUGAACGUGCAGAGCUUGAAGAGGUUGUAAUUGAUGAUAUCUCUAUUUAUGUUAAAAUUAUUGAUGCAUAUGGGGAGCUAAAACUAUGGCAAAAAGCUGAAAGCUUGGUUGGAAAUUUAAGGCUAAAACUAACUACCAUCGACAGGAAGAUUUGGAAUGCAUUAAUACAAGCUUAUGCCAAAAGUGGUUGCUAUGAACGAGCAAGGGCUGUUUUUAAUAACAUGAUGCACGAUGGUCCUUCUCCUACAGUGAAUUCUAUUAAUGGUUUAUUGAAAGCGUUAAUAGUUGAUAAUCGGCUGAAAGAGCUUUAUGUUGUUGUCCAGGAGUUGCAAGAUAUGGGCUUUAAGAUAAGCAAAAGUUCUAUUCUUUUGAUACUUGAUGCAUUUGCUCGAGAUGGAAACAUAUUUGAGGUGAAGAAAAUUUAUCAUGGCAUGAAAGCUGCAGGUUAUCUUCCAACUAUGCAUCUUUAUAGGAGUAUGAUUGUGUUGUUAUGCAAGGGAAAACGAGUUAGGGAUGUUGAGGCCAUGUUAUCAGAAAUGGAGGAGGCCGGAUUUAGACCUGAUCUAUCCAUAUUGAAUUCUGUAAUCAAGUUGUAUGUAGGAGUUGAGGAUUUCAGAAAUGCUUCUAGAGUGUACCAGCUAAUAAAAGAAAUUGGAUUUACACCAAAUGAGGAUACUUAUAAUUCUUUAAUUAUAAUGUAUUGUAGAGAUUGUAGACCAGAAGAGGGGCUUUCACUGAUGCACGAAAUGAAAAGGCAGGGUAUGGAGCCCAUGUUAGACACCUAUAAAAGUUUGAUUUCAGCACUAUCUAAAAGGCAGCUGGUUGAAGAAGCAGAGGAGCUUUUUGAAGAAUUGAGAGCAAAUGGAUGUAAAUUAGACCGAUUUUUUUAUCAUGUAAUGAUGAAGAUGUUUAGAAAUUCUGGAAAUCAUUUGAAAGCGGAGCGCUUACUUGUCAUGAUGAAAGAGACGGGAAUAGAUCCCACUGUUGCCACAAUGCACUUGUUAAUGGUUUCCUAUGGCAGUUCUGGCCACCCUAAGGAAGCUGAAAGGGUUCUCAAUGAUCUAAAAGCAACUAGUAUGAACCUUGAUACAUUACCAUAUAGUUCAGUAAUUGAUGCCUUUCUCAGAAAUGGAGAUUACGAUGGUGGAAUCCAGAAACUGAUGGAAAUGAAGGCAGAUGGUAUAGAGCCAGAUUAUAGAAUAUGGACAUGUUUUAUAAGGGCUGCAAGUUUUUCUGAAAGUACAAGUGAAGCCAUUAUCGUUUUAAAUGCACUACGAGAUACAGGAUUCAAUCUUCCAGUCAGGCUUUUAACAGAAAGGUCAGGGUCAUUGGUUCUGGAGGUUGACCAAGUUCUAGAGAAACUUGGAGCCAUGGAAGAUGGUGAUGCAGCAUUUAACUUCGUUAAUGCGUUAGAGGAUCUGCUGUGGGCAUUUGAACUUCGAGCAACUGCAUCAUGGGUUUUCGAGUUGGCAAUCAAGAAAAGUAUAUACCAACAGGAUAUAUUUAGGGUAGCUGACAAGGACUGGGGUGCUGAUUUUAGAAAGUUGUCUGCUGGUUCAGCUCUUGUUGCUCUGACUUUAUGGCUUGACCAUAUGCAGGAUGCUUCCUUGCAAGGUUUCCCAGAAUCUCCAAAAUCAGUUGUUCUAAUCACUGGAACAGCAGAGUACAACAUGGUUUCACUCAAUAGCACACUAAAAGUAUGCCUUUGGGAGAUGGGUUCUCCUUUUCUGCCUUGUAGAACACGGAGUGGUCUCCUCAUAGCAAAAGCUCAUUCUCUCAGGAUGUGGCUAAAAGAUUCUUCAUUUUGUUUGGACCUUGAGCUGAAAGAUGCCCAGGCUCUCCCAGAAAUAAAUUCGAUGAAGCUAAUCGAUGGAUGCUUUAUAAGACGAGGCCUUGUUCCAGCAUUCAAGGAUAUAACUGAAAGACUGGGAUUUGUGAGGCCAAAGAAAUUCUCUAGAUUAGCUUUGCUUCCUGAUGAAAAGAGGGACAAAGUCAUUAAAGCUGAUUUAGAAGGGAGGAAAGAGAAGCUUGAAAAAGUGAAAAACAUGAUCAACUCUGGGAAGGUGAGGAGGUUAACAAAGAUUAAAAGGAGAAAAUACCGUCGUAGCAUCCAUACUGUGAAGAAAAAUUAGAAAAUCUUGGACAGUACAGUCCAUGCUUGGCAUUGAUGUUAGGCUUGUUCUAUCUAUCCUUCUUUGCAUACAAUUAAUCCUCUUGCAGGCCCCGCGAAUUGGAAGAAAAAAAGGUCUGCAUUUUUUUUUCUUUUAUUUAAAAUUAAUAGACAUUAUCUCAAGCAGAGGAUAACUGCACGUUUUUCCUUUGUUGAAUCAAGGUAGAACGGUGGUUGACUAUCAUUUUCCUGCCAAAUGUCUGGUGGAGUGAAAUUCUCCAUCAAGGAUGAAUGUUGGGAAGAAUUCAGUAGUGCUUGCUAAUUCGAUAAUUUGUUACUGUUUAGACUUUGAUUCCAUAGGUAAUUUGUCGGUAGUCGACAAAGAGGUAAAAUCCCUUCAAAUAUAUAUUUAUGAUAUUUCAGAAAACUCUCAUCUCCUCAACCAACUGAAAUCUCUCACUUUUUUCCAUCAAGUCUGCUAUUUUGAACUCAAUUUUUGAGCUGUUUUCUUCUGCGGGUGAAACUCAGGUUUUUUUACUACCAAAAAGUUCCAGGCAUAAACGAUUUUCUCCCUUCUGUACUCUGAUAGACGAAGAAACAUUAAGAUUUUCCAUAUUAAUUAUUGUUUCAGUUCUAAGCUUGAAGCCAAUAUGUCCUAAAAUCCAGCAGAAACAGCUUACUGUGGACUGUGGUAAUGGAAACAGAUUGGAUAUAUGUAUGUAUCUCUCUUUAAUCAAAAUAGAAUCUAUCUUUACAUUUUUGUUGGGGAAAUCACUAAAAGUUCCCAGCUCCCCCUCCGUUUUUUGUAAAAAAUUCAUAAUAUCAUCGUUUAUUAACUUGAUUUAAAUGUUACAUCAUCUGAAACCAGUUGCAUGUGUAAUAUAGCUAGUGGUUCUCUUAUAUGCCAUUUUUUCAUGAACGAGACUACGAGUACUUCAAACUGAUCAUGAAAGCAAAAGAAGUAGUUAAAAGCACAUCCAUAUUGAUGAAAUUAUCCAGACAAAACGAAGAAUCGGCAUUUUGGAUGACUCGAACCGGGACGGGAGGCUUGCUCAGGUACGUAUAUUCUUUCACUUCACCUAUGAGAUUCCUUGUUCUGUUUCCCUGUAAAUGUCAAAUUAUCAUACAGCUAUUCUUUUUUUGGUUAUUUAUAAUUAGUUGAUGAUCUCUAUGAGAUUGAUAGGACAGUUGAUAUUUUUUUCUUUUACGUCGUAUCCUUUCUUUCCAAGUUGUAAUCUUUAUUUAGACCUGUCGUGUAUACCGUUUCAACCCACUAAGAAAUUACAAUGAUUUUCACGGUAUCAGAACCUCA